AUGAAGUCGUACUUAAGAUAGAAUAUUCAGAGAAAACUAAAGACUAAUGACUGGAUUUGCAUGAUUUUGGGUCUUAUGGGAACAUCAUUCGCAUGUAUAGCAGAUUGGAAUCAAGAAGAUGGAAAGACUACUGCUCUUAGAGCUGUGGUUACAUUAACUACAAUGCCAUUAUUGUAUUGCAUCUAUAGACAUUAUAAAUUGGAUUUGUAAUUUUAAAAAGCUAAGGAAACUCUCGACCCUCACGGUAAUUUCAUUCUUGAUAAAGUGUUAAAAAGAAAACAUAAGGACCUCAGAUUCUAUUUAAUGUGGAGAGUUUUCGCCAGAUAUUCUUAUUGGAAUGACGAAAAGGCAGAAAAAAUUUGCCAUUAAUGCCACACUUUUGGAGGCACGAGCUUUGCUAUUAAAUGUGAAUUAAAGGAAAGACCCUAUACUAUUUUAUUAGUAGCUAUACUUAGUAGUAUUUUCAUUUUUGGUUAUGCAAUGAGGGCAGCUGAACUUCCAUAUUAAGAGCAAGCUUAAAAUGGUCAUGAUUGGAGAUAUAUAUGGAAUGGAAUGUGGUGCAUUAUUAUUACAAUGGCAACAGUCGGUUAUGGAGAUUUUUAUCCUGCCACACAUCUUGGCAGAUGUGUCGGAGUCAUAGCAUGUCUAUGGGGAAAUUUUAUUAUAUCUAUAAUGGUAGUCUCUCUGACAUUCUCUUCUGAAUUUACACCAUAACAAAGAAAAGCAUAUGAUUUAAUAAACUAAGAACUCGGUGUUUAUGAGAACAACAAAAAUGCUAUAAAUGUCAUUUAAAGCGCUUUAAAAUACAGACUGUAUAUGAAAAAAAAUUUGAGACCAAACAAGAAAACUCAAAAUAAACUUUUAAAUAGGUUCAAAUAAGCUGUUAGAAGAUUCCAAAAGCAUAGGAAGAACAUUUUGAGUAUGGAAUAAGAGAUUCCAAGAGAAUCAUUAUUAGUCAAGCUAAACCAGAAAAUGACUUAAGAAUUCGAUAAGAUUUUGACUGAUGCGAGAGGAAUUAAAAAGACAUUGGUGAAGCUUGAAGAGGCAGAGGUAUAUUAAUUUGAUUUAUAUUAAACUUAGAAAAAUCAAGAAGAAAUAGAAGAGUUGAUUGAAGGUACAUUGACAUUAGGGAAUUAAUUGAUUGAAAAGAUUGAAGAUUUCAAACAGAAAUCUUAGAAUCCAGAUACAUUAAAUGCAGGAAGAAUGGACUAAGAAGAUGAAGGCGGAUUCGAAAAGAAGUUGUAAUCAAAGAUCAAUUCAAUGAAUUAAGAAUCAUUUAGAAGUAGCAACUAUUGA